GCUACGACCACGCGUGCGGGUGUGCAAAACUACUUUCUCCGUCAUUGGGUAAUAAUUUUACUCUUGCGAAAAAAAGCUAAGACCAACAGUUAAAUCUAGUCUGCUGAUGUUGGAAAAAAUCUGCGUCCUUUGUGGCAUUUCGUUUCUGGUUAUACUGGAGAUCAUGCAGUUUUCCCGAAGACUUUUUUGAGAGAACUUCAUUCACAAAUUCAAAAGAAACUUUCACCGCAAUGGAGACAUCGAGCAAAAUGAACGGCGUUGUUAUCGACGGAUACGGCGGUCCGGAGGUUCUCAAGCACCGGUCCGAUGUGGACGUUCCGACACUGGGAGCAAAACAGAUUCUGGUGAAGAUAAAGUCAGCAGGCAUCAAUUCGGUUGAGAGCAGAGUACGUCAGGGACUGUUCAUGACGAGCCUGUUUAAACCCCAGAGUAUUAUGGGCUUAGACGGCAGUGGAGUCGUGGAACAAGUCGGUGGUGAAGUCACCAAAUUCAAGCCUGGCGAUAGAGUUUACGUGCUCUGUGGACGCACAGGAACCUACGCAGAAUACACCCUAACCAAUGAAGAUAACUUGUACCCGCUUCACGAUAAGCUGAGCUUUAACGAGGGCGCUAUUAUUCCGAUUCCUUACUUCACAGCACACAGGGCCUUGGUCAAGAGGGCAAGAAUCGAGAAAGGAGAGUCAGUUCUUAUCCAAGGAGCGAGCGGACAGGUUGGUCUAGCAUGCAUUCAGAUAGCACGUGCUUUUGGAGCAACUACUAUCGUCGGCACAGCGGGUACACCAGAGGGACGAAACCUGGUAAUGAAGCAAGGCGCAGACUUCGCCAUUGACUACAGAGCGGAAGACUUCAAGGACCAGAUGAAGACUGCCUUUGCAGACAAGAACAUUGACGUCAUUAUCGAGAUGAACUGUGACACCAAUAUAGCACUGGAUAUGGACAUCAUUGGUCAAGGUGGUCGUAUUGUUAUUGUUGGAAAGAAAGGUGAGGCAAAAUGCGAUCCCUCCAGGCUGAUGUUCAAGGAAGCAUUGAUGAUGGGGAGUGGUCUCCGACUGGCAACUGAGGAGGACAGAGAACUGAUUGCUAGAGAUCUUUAUGCAGGCGCGGAGGAGGGAUGGUUGCGCCCUCACAUCAACAAAGUGUACCCCCUAGAAGAGGCUGGAACAGCCCAUUGGGAGAUGGAAAAUCAGCGAGGAGCUCUAGGAAAGAGCAUCAUUGCUGUGGAAUAAGCCCAGGUCAGGAUUCCGCGCCAACUUAUAUAACAGCAACUAUUUUUAAACUCAAGUUAUUGGGUAUUGUGUGUGUUCUUUCUCGGGUGUCAAACUACUGUCAUAAAAAUUUUUUUAUUUAUUGUUAGCGUCAAAGGCAAGCCGUAAUAUCUUUAGAAAAUGUCACGAGCCCCAACUGGAUGUCUGUUCCUGUGUACAUUGGUUCUGAGUCACUGAUUUGUCUUUUUUUAUCCAGUUUCUACGGUUUCUUUGUCUUGCCUUGUUUCUUUGUUUGUGUAUUAACAAAUUUGUGUUCUAGUUUUUUAGUAUAUUUAUUGCUACCGAGUGGAUUUCAUUCAACAAUUUUAAUAUUGAGGCUGCAAAUAAUUGUUCUUUUCUUUUGUAUAAUAUUGCAUGGUGAGGGGAAAGGGAGAUUUUUCAGACACUAGAUAGAGGCAAACGUACCUCGUCAUUUUUCAUAGUUUUUGCAAUGGGCAUUUUUUGAAAACCGUUGCUUAAAGCCAUUGGACACUUUCGGUAAACAGUAUUGUCCAAAGGCCCACACUUCGUGUAUCACAACUGAUAUA